CACACACACACACACAUCCACACGCGUGCAGGCCGCUGCAGUGAGAGCGGCGCAUCUGGAAGAGAGCUGUCCGGCUGGGGAGGCGGAGGACGGGGAGAGAAGAGGAAGGAGGCUCCGGGAGCAAGCGAGACAAAAAGGGUCAGGCCUGGGACCUGGGAAAAUCGGGAGAGCGCAGAGAGAAGAGGGAUCAUCGUCUCUCAUUUCCUUGCUUUUUUUUUGUUUUGUUCCUUUUUUGACUUUUUUUCACCCGACACUCCCCCCCCCCAUCUACGACCAUCACCCCCACCGUCCCACCCACAAGCCCGCAACACUCCCAGCGAUGCCGUCCAACACUGUCGCCAAUGCCAACGCCGCUGCAUUCAAAGGCUCCGACUUCACCAACUCACCUGGAAACAGAAAGGGUGACGGCACAAUACUGGACGUGGACCUGAUGACAGAAGAAAAGGCAGCUAAAAGUAGUGCCUCGUGUCAGUUUGGCAAGCCAGGAAGAAAGCGCAAGCAUUUUCCCGCUGAGAGCUGUGGCUCUUUCAAAGACAGCUACGCUGGAGUCGGGAGGCCGUCCAUGGCACAAGUCCACAACGGAGAUGUGGGCGGGCACAGGGACAGGACGUCUGAUGCCUGCUUCCCCAAACAGGAGAGGAGGGAAGUGGAGAACGGGAUCCCCAGAGGCCCUUCCUCCUGCCGAGCAGAGGACGGCUCCCAGGGUCGGAGCCUGAGUCCUUCCCGGGAGAACGGAUUCCUGUCCGGUCGGGAAGAGCCAGACUCGGGGAGAGACAAGAACGAAAGCCUGAUGACGCCGCACAAGAAGAGAGGGAGGCGGAAACUGGAACGGCCAACGAAAUAUGUGGAGCACAAGGACGAGGACGGGGGUGAUGCGGUCAAGACGGAGGGAGGUCGAGGCAGGCCGCGAAGGGGAGUUGGUUGGGAGAUCAGCCUUCGUCAGAGGCCCAUGCCCAGAAUAACCUUCCAGGCUGGUGACCCUUAUUACAUUAGCAAGCGGACCAGAGAGGAGUGGCUGGCCAAGUGGAAGAUGGAGGCAGAGAAAAAGGCCAAACUGAUGUCAGCGAUGAGCGCAAUGAAGGAUCAUGAGGAGAAUGAAAUGGAGGCCGAGAAAGAAGAGGUCUCAAUAAUAAAGCACCCGCAGCCUUCAAAGCAGCAGCAGCCGAAGCAGCAUCAUCCACCACCGCCACUGCCACCACCGUCGCCUCAGACACACACUCAGUCUCAGCCUCAGUAUCAACAGCAAUCUCAGCUGUCACUGCCACAGCAACAACAACAACAUCAGCAGUUGCCUCAGCAGCAGCAGCAGCAGCAGCAGCAGCCGACUGACCCAGCUUCCCCCACUGUGGCCACGACUCCUGAGCCUGUCGCCAUCAUAGGUGGAGACAAGACGUGCCCCAAGUCUGCAGACACCGAGUCUGAGUACGAGGACAGUCGUGGUUUUGGCAUCGGAGACCUGGUUUGGGGGAAGCUGCGAGGCUUCUCGUGGUGGCCAGGCCGCAUCGUGUCAUGGUAUAUGACGGGACGGAGCAGAGCGGCAGAGGGAACUCGAUGGGUCAUGUGGUUUGGAGAUGGAAAAUUCUCAGUGGUCUGUGUAGAGAAACUCAUGCCUUUAAGUUCCUUUAACAUCGCCUUUCACCAGCCUACUUACAACAAGCAGCCCAUGUAUAAAAAAGCCAUCUAUGAAGUGUUACAGGUGGCCAGCAGCCGGGCAGGCAAAGUCUUCAUGGCCUGUCCUGACAGUGAUGAGACAGAAACCUCCAAAUCAGUGGAAAUGCUCAACAAGCAGAUGAUUGACUGGGCCAUGACAGGAUUUCAACCCACUGGACCAAAGGCCUUAGAGCCACCAGAGGAGGAGCGCAAUCCAUACAAAGAGGUUUACCCUGAGAUGUGGGUGGAGCCAGAAGCGGCAGCCUACACGCCCCCUCCAGCCAAAAAGCCUCGCAAAAGCACAGUAGAGAAACCCAAGGUCAAGGACAUCAUCGACGAGAGGACACGAGAGCGGCUUGUUCAUGAAGUGAGACAGAAGUGCCGCAGCAUAGAAGACAUCUGUAUCUCCUGUGGAAGUCUGAAUGUUGGCCUGGAGCACCCACUGUUUGCUGGAGGAAUGUGCCAGAGCUGUAAGAACUGCUUCCUAGAAUGUGCAUAUCAAUACGACGAUGAUGGUUAUCAAUCAUACUGCACGAUCUGCUGCGGGGGACGAGAGGUGCUCAUGUGUGGAAACAACAACUGUUGUCGGUGUUUCUGUGUGGAGUGUGUCGACCUCCUCGUCGGCCAGGGAGCAGCACACGCCGCCAUCAAAGAGGAUCCGUGGAACUGCUACAUGUGCGGUAAAGAGGGCGCGUUUGGUCUGUUGGAGCGUCGCACUGACUGGCCCUGUCGUCUCCAGCACUUCUUUGCAAAUAAUCAUGACCAGGAUUUCGAUUCACCAAAGCUUUACCCCCCAGUCAUGGCGGAGAAGAGGAAGCCCAUACGUGUCCUGUCGCUAUUUGACGGCAUAGCAACAGGGCUGCUGGUGCUGAAAGAGCUCGGCAUCCACGUCGAUCGUUACAUAGCCUCCGAAGUGUGUGAAGACUCCAUCACUGUGGGCAUCGUCCGGCAUCAGGGUCGCAUCAUGUACGUCGGCGACGUGCGGAACGUCACGCGCAAACACAUACAGGAAUGGGGUCCUUUUGACCUAGUUAUAGGAGGAAGCCCGUGCAACGACCUUUCUAUAGUCAAUCCUGCCAGGAAAGGUCUUUUUGAGGGCACGGGUCGCCUGUUCUUCGAGUUUUACAGGCUGCUGCACGAGGCGCGGCCAAAGGAGGGGGACGACCGGCCUUUCUUCUGGCUCUUUGAAAACGUGGUUGCCAUGGGCGUGAGCGAUAAGAGGGACAUCUCCCGCUUUUUGGAGUGUAACCCAGUGAUGAUCGACGCUAAGGAGGUGUCCGCUGCCCACCGCGCCCGCUACUUCUGGGGUAACCUUCCUGGCAUGAACAGGUUGGUGUGUGAAUGGCCUUUGACAGCGAUGUGCAAUGACAGGCUCGACCUCCAGGACUGCUUAGAACACGGCAGGACAGCGAAGUUUGGAAAGGUGAGGACCAUCACUACCAGGUCUAAUUCCAUCAAGCAGGGCAAGGACCAGCACUUCCCCGUCUACAUGAACGAGAAGGAGGACAUACUGUGGUGCACUGAGAUGGAGCGGAUCUUUGGUUUUCCAGUCCACUACACGGACGUGUCCAACAUGAGCCGACUGGCGAGGCAGAGGCUCCUGGGCAGGUCGUGGAGCGUCCCGGUGAUCCGCCACCUGUUUGCACCGCUCAAAGAUUACUUUGCCUGUGUGUAAGCGGCAAAGGGUAAACUCGUGUAGAGAUGCAGCUGUUUUGUUGUGACUAGUAAUAAGAGCCUCGAUCCUCGAAUUAUACCCCCCGGUAUAAUUUGUAAGCGGAAAAUAUUGACGUAGAUUUCACAUUACUUCAUGUAUUUGAAUUUUAAUUCUUAUUCUUAUUUAAUUUUGAUAUGUUGUUUUACCUUUUUUAGCAGUGUUAUCAAGUAUUGUUGAUAUGUUUUGUGCAAGCUAUACUUGAGACUAUGCUUUCUUCUCAAGACACUGAGACGGAGACGUGACAAAGGCGUACGCUAAAAUGUGACGGGGGGGAGGGGGGAACCAACAGGAAGGGAGAGAAGUGGGGGUUUUAAUUGAAGAGGGUGUGGAAACGUUUUGAUUCGAGCCGCGGCGGCGCAGCCAUGCUUCCAGCUACUGAGCCUCACGGAGAUGUGACGAGAAGAGGGGAGUUUCCUCAGUGUCAGGAGAGCUGUGUCUCUGAGAAAUCCAAAACACCAGAUCACAAAUACCUCCUUUGUUUACAGUUUCUAUACACAACUGAAGGUAAUAAAAGGUACUACUGUAAUAUGGUUACAAUACCAUGGUGCUCCAGAAUGAUGCGAAACGUCAUGACCCAUGUGGCACUACAACUUUUAGACAACACAGCGCUCUUUAACCUGUUGCUAAAAAAAAAGAAAAAAACUUGACGUUUUUACUCGUAGAGGAAAAACUCUUCUUCUUCUGUGCCCCUUUUUUUGUUGUUCACUAGAAAGGAAACGCAGAAGCGACAGAAAAGAUCCUCCUGCAUUUUUGCAGCUUUUAUACAGAUCGUACUGGUGCUCGUUUUAAACUUCUCUCCGCCUUGCUCCGCUCAGGCUCACGGCCUGGAUCUGCACAAACAGAGAGUGAAGCUAAAGCCACAUGGGAAAUGAUGUUUUCUGUCAUUCGAAAGAAAUAUAUACAUAUAUAUGAAUCUUAAGAUCAAAGUCUGCGGUGAGCUACUUUUUCCUAGUUUCACCCUGACCAGUGACAUUACUGUACAACUGUUCGUAAAGGUGCGUGGCUUUGUGGGGGGAGGGAGGGGUGACCAGGCCAGGUAACGCUCCUCCUCCUCCUCCUCCUCCUCCUCCUACUCCUUCUCCUUCUUCACCUCCUUCUUCUUCACCUCUCCAAACUGAAAAAAAAAACAAAAAAACUGUCAGGUGCAAAUCCUCAACAACAUGGUGCGGCUUCACAAAGUUCUUCUACCUUUUUUAUAGCAAUUUUGUGCUGUUUUAUCAACAUUAUAAAGCACUUUUAUAUGUAUACUUUAUUUUCUCUUGACAUUUUUUUUUCCUUUUCUUUUUGUGAAUUGUUUUUUUGUUUUGUUUUGUUUUGUUUUUAUGAUGUGAACUGAUUGACCCUCGUGUAAUACCUUUUGUAUACAGUAGGGCUGUGCCAAUAGAAGUGACAGAAUGGGUUUUGUUGAUAUGUGAAACUCACGUUAUUUGACUCGUUGUACAGUAGAUGGAUGGACAUUUGCAAACCCCAACUCCCAUUGACCAUACUGCUAACUGCUUUAAAGGGGCAAUACGUGAAAUUGGUAAAGCUGUGUGAUCAAAACCGGCUCUGCUAUCAGAACUCAAAAUGGUGACUGGAGGAUUCUAACUAAACUAAUGCCGCUUUUCCACUACAUGGUCUCGGCAUGACUCACCUCGCCUCGGCACGGUAUGGCACCGCUUUUCCAUUACCGAUAUUACCUGGUACCUUUUAGCACCUGCUCUGGCGAGGUUACAAGCGAGCUGAGCCGAUACUAUGCGUGAGGUCGUCAGACUGCCGGCCACUGGAAGAGGCGUUAGCGCGACGUCCGACUCAAGAAUCAAACCAAACAAUGCCGAACUGUAGAUCAGUUAAAAAGCCUAAAAAAAUUAUGAAAACAUGCGUUAAUCUCCAACAUUUAGCAAGGAAAUGUCUAAAAUCUCAAUAUUUAACAGAGGAGUCUGGUGUAUAUAGCGACAGCGCUGCUGAGCACUGCGAUCGUGAGGCAAAUCACGACUCGUACUGAACUAAUAUUUUUAUUGAAUUGAUUCUAAUGAUUCAGUACAUCGAAAACAACUGCUUUACAAGUCACUAGUUUGUGUGUGUCGUAGGUCAUUAAUGACUUCUCGCUAUUUCCGAUCUUAUCCGUCAAAGUCGUAGCCGAGACAAGUCGUGUGAUGACGUCAUCACAUUGACACAGUGGAGGAACGCAGCUGUACAGCAAUGAGCAACUUUUAUCAAAGUUCU